GAGAAUUUUCACCUGGUCUAUUAAUUCAGUUUCUUUGGACACAAUUACUGUUAUCAAACAGGGACGAGACAUUCUUCGAACACAUUCAGAGACAGGAACUGUGACCAUGGAAUCUCUUGUAGAAGUGAAUGCUGCGACACUGCAGGUACGAUCAAUUGAUCUCUUGAAGUCCAGGAAAGGACAAAAUCGUCUGGAUCAUCGUACGGAUCGUUUCACCAGCGAUAACCUCAUCGUCCGUAGGGGACAGUGUUUUCAAAUGUGGAUUGAGCUAUCCCAACCAUUUAAUCCAACGACUGACCAACUUCACCUAGAGCUGAGACUCGGUAACGUCUUGCCAGUACACAAGGGCAGUCUUUUGACUGUUCCAUUAGUUACGGAAUUCAAGAAAGAUUCCUGGGAAACAAAGAUUGUCGAAAAGGCACAAAACAGAAUCAAACUGUCGGUUUACUCCCUUCCAACUGCUUGUAUUGGAAAAUACAAACUCACUGUCAUAACAAACUGCCCGCGGGGAAAGGCGACUUCUCCGUACAUGCCCGACAAUGACAUUUACAUGCUGUUCAACCCCUGGUGUAGAGAUGACCCUGUGUACAUGGAUGACGAUGCACAUAGACUUGAGUAUGUGUUGAAUGACAUGGGCAGAAUCUACUAUGGAACGAGGGAACAGAUUGGUUGCAGAACAUGGAACUUCGGCCAAUUCGAUGAGGGAAUUUUGCCUGCAUGUUUCUUUGUGUUGGAGAAGAGUGGUGGUCCUUGCUCUGGAUGGGGAGACCCCAUUAAUGUGGUCCGAGUGGCAUCUGCUAUAAUUAAUUCCAACGAUGACCGUGGUGUGGUUGUGGGUAACUGGCAAAGUAGCUACGAAGGCGGAACAUCUCCUACAGCCUGGAGUGGUAGCAGUGCCAUCCUGAGACAGUACCACAAAAGUGGAGGAGUACCUGUGAAAUAUGGGCAGUGCUGGGUUUUUGCUGGAGUAAUCAACACACUGUUGCGGUGUUUUGGCAUUCCCACUCGUCCGGUCUCAAACUUCAAUUCUGCUCAUGACACAGAUGUUUCCUUGACAACAGAUGUUUAUUUAGAUGAGAAUUUUGAACUGAUUAAAAACCUUAACCGUGAUUCAAUCUGGAACUACCAUGUGUGGAACGAGGCCUGGAUGACCCGGCCAGACCUGCCAGCUGGGUUUGGAGGUUGGCAGGUGGUUGAUGCCACUCCUCAGGAGACCAGCCAGGGCUUCUACCGCUGCGGCCCCACCUCUGUUGCUGCUGUGCGCAGCGGGCAGGUCUUCCACAAAUAUGAUGCACCCUUUGUUUUUGCUGAAGUGAACAGCGAUAAAGUCUACUGGCAGCGCAAAUCUAACGGCACCUUUGCUGUGAUUCGGGUUGAGAAAAACGAAGUCGGUCACUGCAUAAGCACCAAAGCCGUUGGCUCAGACGUACGUGUGGAUAUCACAAACCUCUACAAGCACCCAGAAGGUACGGAGGAGGAGCGUGUUUCUGUGGAAACAGCCUGCUAUUAUGGCUGCAGGCGAUCUACAAGCUUUUCUUCCUUUGCUGAAGAUGUAAUCCUUGAAGUUGGCAUGCAGGGGGAUGAGCUACAUGUGGGCAAGGAUGCUGUGCUGUCUGUCAUUCUAAAGAACAAAUGCACUUCUCCUCGUAGCGUUACCCUCAACAGCCUGGUGGAAGCCAUGUACUACACUGGAGUCCGCAAAGUCUUACUGAAGAAGGAUCAGACAUGCACUGACCUCAAGCCUCAUGAGGUCCAGACUCUGGAGUGGACACUACGGUAUGAGGAGUAUAAAGACCAGCUAGUGGACCAGGCGGCAUUGACACUCACUCUCUCUGGACGGGUCACUCAAACCAAACAAAUACUAGCCAAGCAGUUCAACUUCAGACUUCGCACUCCAGACCUCAUUAUCUCUCCUUUAUGCGAUGCCAUUGUGGGCAAAGAGAUGCCUGCCAAAAUCACAUUCCAGAACCCACUGUCUUGUGUCCUAAAAAAUGUGGUUCUACGUUUUGAGGGACUUGGAAUACAGCAUGUCAGAACGAUUAAUUAUGGUGAUAUUUCAGGCAAAGCUAGAGUGUGCCUGACAGAGAAGUUUGUUCCCAUGCGGUCCGGCCUUCAAAAACUCCUUGCAACCCUCGACUGUCCUCAGCUUACACAGGUGCAUGGAGUUGCAAACUUUGUGGUCAGAUACAACUGAUAAAACAUUUGAGUUAAUCAAAGGACCAAUAAAAUAAAUAAAAAGAUUUUAGGAUAGCAUCAACAGGACUGCAGAAUUGUUAUUUGCUCUACUUUACCUACAAAAUGCAGAUGCAUAUAAUCAUUCACUUAAA